AUGACAGAUUUUACCGCCGCAUGGAAGAGAACCCCGCAGGGGACUAGGUCGAGAUGCAGCUGUUGCUGCUAUGGCAACCGCAGGGCACUGGCGCGUCACUAAAUGGAGUCGGAGCAGCUGUACAACAGGGGCUACUGCAGGAACAGCUACAACAGCAUCACCAGCGCCAGCAGCGACGAAGAGCUGCUGGAUGGAGCCGGCGUGGUCAUGGACUUCCACACCACGGAGGAUGACAACCUGCUGGACGGGGACGCUGCCUCCCCAGCAUCUAACUACGCCAUGUCUAACGGCGGCGGGGUGGUCAGUAGCACCACCCACCUGCUGGACUUUCUAGAGGAGCCCAUCCCCGGUGUCGGGACCUACGAUGACUUCCACACCAUCGACUGGGUCCGCGAGAAGUGCAAGGACCGAGAGAGACACCGCAAGAUUAACAGUAAGAAAAAAGAGUCGGCGUGGGAGUUCACCAAGAGCCUGUAUGAUGCCUGGUCUGGAUGGCUGGUGGUGACACUGACAGGCUUGGCUUCAGGUGCCUUGGCUGGCCUGAUUGACAUCGCUGCUGAUUGGAUGAAUGACCUGAAGGAGGGUGUGUGUCUCAGUGCCAUGUGGUUCAACCACGAGCAGUGCUGCUGGACAUCCAAUGAGACCACGUUUGCCGAGAGGGACAAGUGUCCCCAGUGGAAGAACUGGGCGGAGCUCAUCUUAGGACAGGCUGAGGGCCCGGGCUCAUACAUCAUGAACUACUUCAUGUACAUCUUCUGGGCUCUGUUCUUCGCCUUCCUGGCGGUCUGUCUGGUCAAGGUGUUCGCUCCCUACGCCUGCGGUUCGGGGAUCCCUGAGAUCAAGACCAUCCUGAGUGGCUUCAUCAUCCGGGGCUACCUGGGCAAGUGGACCCUGAUGAUAAAGACCAUCACUCUGGUGCUGGCGGUGGCAUCCGGCCUCAGCCUGGGGAAGGAAGGGCCCCUGGUACACGUGGCCUGCUGCUGUGGGAACAUUUUCUCCUACCUCUUCCCCAAGUACAGCAAGAACGAGGCAAAGAAACGAGAGGUUCUCUCUGCCGCGUCAGCAGCCGGGGUGUCGGUAGCUUUUGGAGCGCCUAUAGGAGGAGUGCUCUUCAGCCUCGAGGAGGUAAGCUACUAUUUCCCUCUGAAGACCCUGUGGCGUUCCUUCUUCGCCGCCCUGGUGGCUGCCUUCGUCCUGCGCUCCAUCAACCCCUUCGGAAACAGCCGCCUGGUGCUGUUCUACGUGGAGUACCACACCCCCUGGUACCUCUUUGAGCUCAUUCCCUUCAUUCUCCUGGGGGUGUUUGGCGGCCUCUGGGGGGCUUUCUUCAUCCGGGCAAAUAUUGCCUGGUGCCGGCGACGCAAGUCAACCCGCUUUGGCAAGUACCCGGUCCUGGAGGUGAUCUUGGUGGCAGCUAUCACGGCGGUGGUCGCCUUCCCCAACCCGUACACCCGUCAGAACACCAGCGAGUUGAUCAAGGAGCUGUUCACCGACUGUGGUCCGCUGGAGUCCUCCCAGCUCUGCCAGUACCGCAGCCAGAUGAACGGCAGCAAAGCCUUCACCGACACCCCCAACAGGCCGGCAGGGCCCGGCGUCUAUGCCGCCAUGUGGCAGCUCUGCCUGGCGCUCAUAUUCAAGAUCAUUAUGACUAUAUUCACCUUUGGACUCAAGGUCCCGUCAGGCCUGUUCAUCCCCAGCAUGGCCAUCGGAGCCAUUGCUGGACGCAUCGUUGGGAUCGCCGUGGAGCAGAUGGCGUAUUACCACCACGACUGGUUCCUUUUCAAGAAGUGGUGCGAGGUGGGGGCCGACUGCAUCACCCCGGGGCUGUACGCCAUGGUGGGGGCCGCCGCGUGUCUGGGCGGCGUGACCCGUAUGACUGUCUCCCUGGUGGUCAUUGUGUUCGAGUUGACCGGCGGUCUCGAGUACAUCGUUCCCCUCAUGGCCGCCGUCAUGACCAGCAAGUGGGUAGGCGACGCGUUCGGCCGCGAGGGCAUCUACGAGGCCCACAUCCGCCUCAACGGCUACCCUUUCCUGGACGCCAAGGAGGAGUUCACCCACACCACGCUGGCCAGGGAGGUGAUGCGGCCGAGGCGCAGCGACCCGCCGCUGGCGGUCCUGACCCAGGACGACCUGACGGUGGAGGAGUUGCAGGGCGUCAUCAACGAGACCAGCUACAACGGCUUCCCCGUGAUCGUGUCCAAGGAGUCCCAGAGACUGGUGGGGUUCGCCCUGCGCAGAGACAUCACCAUCGCUAUAGAAAAUGCCCGGCGUAAGCAGGAGGGCAUCAUGUUGAACUCCAGAGUCUACUUCACCCAGCAUGCUCCCACCCUGCCGGCCGACAGCCCGCGGCCCCUCAAGCUGCGCUCCAUCCUGGACAUGAGCCCCUUCACCGUCACCGACCACACGCCCAUGGAGAUCGUGGUGGAUAUCUUCAGGAAGCUGGGCCUGCGCCAGUGCCUGGUCACUCACAACGGGUAAGUGGUGGGAUGGCAGAGGGGUAUGUGA